AUGUCCCAAACAGAUGUCGAAUCAGCCGUCAAGAUAUCACUUCUGCCCAAACGUAUCGGUGUCGAUGCCAUUAUUGUCUACAAGGACAUUCUCACACCCCUCGCACCCAUGGGCGCGCAUUUCCGAUUCGAUCCAGGACCCAUUUUAAACCCACCCAUCCGCACGCAAGCACAAGUAGACGCGCUUCGACCCGUCGAUGAACCCCCUACGCAAUUAGCAUUCACAGGAAAUGUCAUUCGCAAACUACGCGAAACCUUGAACGAGGAACUACCCCUUAUCGGUUUCGCUGGGGCACCUUUGACGCUUGCCUUUUUCCUCAUCGCCGGGGAAAGUCCGAUCAAACGUGGUGAAGGAAUAUCUGAGAAAGCGGCUCCAGUCUUCCGAAUGAUGGAAGAAGCACCAGAACUCUUACAUCGUCUCCUAAACAAGUUGACCGAAAUGACUGUUAACUACUUGAACUAUCAAAUCAGCGAGGGUGUUCAAAUCGUGCAACUUUUUGAGUCCAUCGCCGAUGUCCUGCCGAGGCAGAUAUAUGAAGAGUUCGCUUUUCCGUAUCAUCAGAAAAUCUUUGCCGAACUCAAUCCAGAGGUGCCGGGAAUCCUGUUCGCAAAAGAAUGCAAUUAUGUAGAUUUAAUGCAUCGGAGUGGGGCAAAUGUCCUAAGCGUUGGAAAAUGCGUGGAUCUUAGCAAAGCCAAAGCAGACACAAACGGUGCCAUCGCUUUUCAAGGGAACGUCGAUAAUGACCUCCUUCGUGAUGGAACACUUGCCGACAUCACGGCAGCCGUUGAGACCUGUCUAAAACAGGGCGGAAAAACUGGACAUAUUUUGAACCUGAGCCACGGUCUGCACAGAGAUACGCCGUUUGAAAAUGUUAAGCAUUUCGUACACAUCGCAAAAACACUGUAG